AUGAGCACUGCUGCUCCCUUGGGAGGAGGGAAGGAUGAGGAAUCGGAGAAGAAGGAUGAGAUGGACGACGAUACAAUGUUUACCACCUUGGGUGAAGAGGAUAAAUCCAAGCCGUCUGUAGCACCUCGUUGGGCAACUCGUGUGUUUUCAGCAGACUGUCUGUGCCGAGUUAUCAUGCUGUGUGAGAAUGCGAACAAGGCACACUUCGAUCUGGCACUGGCUCGUUCAGCCAGACUUAAAAACCCAAAAAAUGACUUCUUAGUACUCCAUCUCUCUGACCUUAUUCGAAUGGCAUUCAUGGCUGCAACUGAUCACAGCAACCAGUUACGAAUGGCGGGUCUUCAAGCUCUUGAAGACAUUAUCAAGAAGUUUGCAUCGGUUCCUGAGCCAGAGUUUCCAGGCCAUGUGAUACUGGAGCAGUAUCAGGCUAAUGUUGGAGCUGCUCUGAGGCCAGCUUUUUCCCAAGAUACACCUUCUGAUAUAACUGCAAAGGCCUGCCAGGUAUGUAGUGCUUGGAUAGGAAGUGGGGUUGUAAGUGACCUGAAUGACCUCCGCCGAGUUCACAACCUUCUUGUCUCUUCCCUGGAUAAAGUGCAAGCAGGAAAGGGAUCUUCCAGCCAGCUUUACCGAGAGAGUGCGACUACUAUGGAAAAACUUGCAGUUCUCAAAGCAUGGGCUGAGGUAUAUAUUGUUGCCAUGAAAAUUAAGAAAGAAGCAGAGACCAAACCAAAGCAUGUUUUAAAGAGCACAGAGGAAGAUGAGGAUGAUUUCGGUACUAUAGAUGAGCUGCCACCAGACAGUUUGAUAACACUGGUACAACCUGAGCUGCCUGCACUUAGCCGUCUCUGGUUAGCCGCCCUGAAAGAUUAUGCUCUUUUAACCUUACCACCUGAGUUUGCUACCCAGCUUCCACCAGAUGGGGGAGCAUUUUACACUCCAGAAACAAUUGAUACAGCUAGACUGCAUUACCGAAACUCCUGGGCUCCCAUACUGCAUGCAGUGGCACUUUGGCUAAACAGUACAGGAUUUAACGCUUCAGAGUCGAUAGAAGAGACUGCCGCAGCAAUGCCCAGUUCACAGAAACGUGCUACAUCCAUCAUGUUAAACCAGACACCUGGAACACCGCCUAGCACUAAAUCGUUGCCAGAGAUAAACAAAGAUCGAAUGCAUUUAAUUUUGGGUGUUAGUAUACAGUUUCUGUGUUCCCCAAGACCUGAAGAGCCUGUUGAGCAUGUUACAUCUUGUUUGCAAGCACUUCAUACUUUAUUGGAUUCCCCUUGUGCCAGGAUCCAUAUUGCAGAGGAUCAGCUCCUUGGUGUUGAACUCUUGAGUGUGCUUCACCGACUCCUCCUGACCUGGGAUCCUCCUUCAGUCCAGCUACUGGUUACAGGAGUUGUCCAGCAGAUAGUAAGAGCAGCUCAAGAUUAUUUGCAGGAAAAAAGGAACACCCUAAAUGAAGAUGAUAUUGAGGAAAAAGAAAAUCCUCUUGUUUUAGGAGAGGGAGGUGAGAGUGGUGGUCUUGUGCCUGGAAAAUCUCUGGUCUUUGCAGCCAUGGAGUUGCUCAUGUUUAUCCUGGUACGGCACAUGCCCCAUCUGAGUUCAAAAGUGUCAGAUUCUCCAAGUCACACUGCUGCCAAAUCCCACCUCUCUGAGGAAAGUGCUCGUCUUGUGGCUGCCACAGUUACUAUCCUGUCUGACCUGCCUUCUCUGUGCUCACCAGCAGGAUGUAUGACGAUCUUACCCACUAUCCUAUUUCUGAUUACGAGAGUAUUGAAAGAAACAGCAGUAAAAUCAGCAGAUAAUCAGGUCCCACCUCCAGUCAGUGCAGCCCUUCAAGGGAUAAAAACUAUUGUUACUCUCCCAACAGUCAAGACUGAUGAAACUCAGAAACAAUGGACAAGUCUUAUCCGCAGCACUCUGGCAUCUAUCUUGGAAUACUCUCAACCUGAAGCCUCUAAGCCUGUUCUUGAUGAAGUAAGCAUACUUACAGCUAUUGCUCUCUUCCUUUGGUCAGCAAGCACUGAAAUAAUUGGAGUGCAGUCUUUACAAAACGGAUGUAUGAACAGAUUUAAAAGUGCAUUAAAUUCCUGUGAUCCUUGGGUUCAAGCCAAGUGUUACCAGCUUCUGCUUUCUGUGUUCCAACACACCAAUCGUGCCCUGUCAACUCCAUACAUUCAUUCCUUGGCCCCUAUCAUGGUUGAGAAGUUGAAAGCUGUGGAAAGGAGCCGCCCAAACAACAAUCUGGAGCUUUUAGCAGUCCAGGAAGGAAUUAAAGUCCUUGAAACAUUGGUUGCCCUCGGUGAGGAGCAGAAUAGAGUCCAGUUGCUUGCCCUUCUCGUUCCCACUCUGAUCUCCUAUUUACUGAAUGAAAAUGCCUUUGCUUCUGCAUCUACAGCAUCUAAGGAUCUUCACGAAUUUGCACUUCAGAAUCUAAUGCACAUCGGUCCACUUUACCCACAUGCUUUCAAGACAGUAAUGGGAGCUGCUCCUGAAUUAAAAACACGUCUAGAAACUGCAGUCCGAGCAAGUCAGGCCAGCAAAGCAAAAGCAGCUGCUAGGCAACCACCACCCACAGUACAUUCCACUCCAACAAUUAAACUGAAAACUAGCUUUUUUUGAAUUACUUUUGUUAUUUUUGGACCAUUAAGUAGUCAGAAGCAUUGUAUUAUCCCUGAUGUGUUACUGCAUAUGUGUCUGUAAUUUCGUGUAAUUUGUAUGUGAAAGGCUGUCUAACAGAGCUUUGUGUAAUUGCCUGAAAUCCAUGCAUUACAAGGGAAGUUGUGUUACUUGUAUAGUUUUUUAGGAAAUGGAAUGUGAUCAUAUUUAUGAAUUUGUGUUGUAAAUUAUCCACCAAAAACCCACAUUCUCUAUCUGACUAAAUAGUUUUAUUUAUUUUUAAAAGCUACCCCAAACCUCUGAGUGGUUUUUGAAAUACAGUGAUUGUUAUCCUACCAUUGUGCCAACACACUAACACAGUGGGGAUGGACAGAAGAGGGGAAACUGUUAUGAAG